AUGGAUAUGGAAGACAACUCCGAUCCGAUCCCGAUUGACAUCAUUAUCGAGAUACUCUCGAAAUUAUCUGCCAAGUCCAUCGCUAGGUUUGGUCUCGCAUCCAAGUUCUGCGCGUCCAUACUAAGCCGUCCAGAUUUCACUGAGUUGUUCUUGACUAGGUCUUCGACUCGGCCACGUCUCUUAUUCGCAGUCCAAGAAGAUUCCGGUAACUUGUGGUUGUACUCAUCGCCUCAGCCUCGAAAUCCAGAUAAGAACGAUCCUUCUUUUAUAGUAGCCGCCGAUUUUCAUAUGCAGUUACCAAUUGGAUACAUUGACGAAAGCAAAAUGUGUGACCCUGUCUCUAGCUUACUAUAUUUCCCUAGUAUGAAAAUCUCAGAAGAUGAGAGAGAUGAUGCGCCGGUGAUAUGUAACCCUAGCACAGGACAGUACGCGAGAUUACCUCAAAUGAAAAGGAAGAACCAUUCGAGUGUUAGAGCAUAA